UAUUAUUUCCUAGAAGCCGACGACAGGGCGAGGGGAGCCGCUCUUUGCCAGAUCUUCCUCGGGUGUUUCGCCGGCCGACAAGGGCUCACCCUUAGCAAUCCCUGGAGAUGCAUCCUCCGCUAACCUUGCACAGGCAUCCUAUGUGUGCUGAGAUCAUUGAAGCAUUCCAGAAGUGCCAGAUGGAUCAUCCUUUCAAGAAAUUCUUUGGCGAAUGCACAGAUCUUAAGAUUAAGCUAGACCAGUGCUUCCGGCAGGAGAAAGCUUUGAAGAGGAAGGCAAACUUUGAGGAGAGCAAGAAAUUUAAAGAACAGCUUCAGGCGUAUAAAAGGGAAAUGGCUGAGGAAAACAAGGAAUCAUAACUUGGAAUAUAGGGCGGGGAUCUGCAUUUGAAUGUUCUUUUUAUCACAAUUCAACAGCCUCAGCUGUAUACUUAACAAAUUUUUAAUGUUUUAAAAAGCUAUUACUAGUGAUGAACUUGGAGUUCCAAACU